CGGGAGCGGAGCAGCAUGUCUUCCCGGCUCUCUCUCUCACUGUCCCGCCUGGAGGCAGAGAUCGAGCGCUGCAGAGCCGAGUGCCAGUGGGAUAAAAUCUCCGCGCUGGUGGAGCAGUUGGCAGCCGCUCGCUUCCAUGAAGAUGAUGACUAUGGGAUGCUGCUGAUGGCUGAAGCUUUGUUGGAGGAGUGUCUGAUGGAGAACAUGCCUCUGCUUAAGACAUCCACUCCACUGUCUGAACAAACCCAACCCAAACUAGCCCAAGCCAAAAGCCACCUGGACAGCCUCCUGAGCAGAGGACGUCUGGGGCCACGGCACCUGAACGAAGCGCUUCUCAUGUUGGCCAAAGUGCACUACGUACAGGGUCACUAUCGAGAUGCUCAGGGGAUGUGUGUCCGCGCUGGUAUUGAGGAGUUCAACCGGGAUGAGCAGCCCCUGUAUCGCCUGCGACUGCUGGCAGAGGCUUUCGUCAUCAAAGGUCUUGCUCUGGAUCAUCAGACUGUGUCUGCUGCCUCUCGUGUUCGACUCUCUGGGAGAGGGGAGGAAUGUUUGUCCUGCUACCUCCAAGCCUGUGAUACUGCCCUGCUCUACCUGCAAGAGCUAGACAAGACUGUUAUUGUGCCAAAUUCCAAGACAGCCAAGAGCAAUGUGUCAGCUGCUCCAGCAGAGGUCGAUCCAGGUUACUUCCUGCAGGCUGCACUCCAGAGUGCCUACCUGUGCUUGCUGCAUAAAGGUCACCUAGUUCAAGGAACUCACCAGUUACGUCAGGUCUUGAGGGUGGUGGAGAGUCGUGGGUCCCAGAACUUUCGCAAGGCAGUAGCGAGGAGACUCGCAGAGGUCCUGCUGAGCUCAGUCAGUGAGGAGAGUUAUUGGGGACCGCUGUCACCGCCACCCCCCACCUGGCUGCACAUAGAUGGAGCCACAAACCCAACGGAUACCUCCUACCCCUCAUCCAGGCCACCACAGCACUACAACACAGAGGGAGUAUUCUGUCCUCAGGACGUGGUGGAAGAAGCCGUGCUCCUGCUGCUCAUCACUGAAUCAAUGGCCAGUGGUGAGGCAGUGAUCAGUCGCACACCAGAACACAAGGAGGCGCGCGAGACCAGUAUCCAGGAUGCCUCCUCAGUGUAUGACCUGCUUAGCAUCGGCAUGGCCAGAAGAGGGCAGUAUGCAAUGCUGUCUGAGUGUUUAGAGCGGGCUAUGAAGUUUUCCUUUAAUGAGUUUCACCUCUGGUACCAGCUUGGUUUGUCUCUCAUGGCAAGUGGGAAGAAUGAAAGUGCAGUGGCUGUUCUUAAAGAGUGUGCCCGAAUGAACCCUAAAGACCCCACACCAUCUCUACUGGCAGCCAAAGUGUGCAUCAACCAGCUGCACUGGCUUGAUGAGGCUGAAACUCUUGCAAAAAGUGUGAUUUCUAUGAAGGAAGGUGCUGGGGAAUCUCUUGCCCGAGCACACUUGGCUAUUGGACUGUGUCACAGUCUUCAGGCUUCAGAUGCCAUGCUAAAAGCUGACCAAGAUGGGUUCUACAAAAAAGCUCUAGAUGCUUUACAGACUGCACAUAAAUUGGAUCCUCAGGACUCUCAGAUUGCCCUCUACCUCUCUCUUCAACUUGCCUUGGUGCGACAGGUGUCGGCAGCAAUGGAGCCUCUGCAGCUGGCUCUAACUUUGCGCAGUGAUGACCUGCAUUCCUUACACCUUCUGGUGCUUUUGCUCAGCGCUCAGAAACACAAUCGACACGCCCUCGACACACUUGUACUCGCCAUCAACCAGUACCCUGAUAACUUCAAUCUGCUCUUCACUAAAGUGAAACUGGAGGAGGCUCUGUUUGGUCCAGCUGUAGCACUGCAGACAUGCGAGGACAUGCUACACUUGUGGCAGAGCCGUUAUGACUUUGCUCGGUCAAGUGAGCCUGAUGACAACAGCAGUACUCCUCCUCCUGAACCCGGCCCAUUAACCAGAAAGUCCAGUGGUGUACAUCUCACACUGCCAGAUUUCCAGGAGACAGAAACAGGCUCUCAGAGUGCUCCAUCUUUAGCUGUCUCUCGACUGGAGCAGGCCAUGUCUGAAGUGUCUGCUAUCAGUUCCACCCAAAGACAUGGCCCUUCCCACAUCUGGACCACACUGGAGCGCAUCUGGUUGCAGGCAGGGGAGCUGUUCAUGGCCGCUGGGCGUCUGAAGGAGGCACAUUUCUGUGUGCAGGAAGCAGGAUCACUAUUCCCCACCUCCCACUCAGUGCUGCUGCUGAAGGGCCGACUCGCUGAGCGCAGAGGCAACGAUAGCGAGGCCAAGAGUCUGUACGAUGAAGCUCUGGCCAUCAACCCAACAGGACAUCAAAUACUAAUCCAUCUGGGUAAACUGCUGGUGCGAAUGGGCCGGGUGAGUUUGGGAGAGAAAGUGUUGCGUGAUGCGGUGCAGACCCACAGUCUCGCCCACGAGGCAUGGAGCGGCCUGGGCGAGGCACUGCAGGUUCAGGGAAGCUUGCAGGCCCCUGACUUCUUCCUCACAGCACUGGAGCUGGAGGCCAGCUGUCCCAUCAGGCCUUUCACCAUCAUCCCACGAGAACUGUGAGAGUAGAACUCCAACAAAUCUGACAUUCACACAUUCACACAGGCAUAUUCACACGUGUUUAUACAUACAUGUGCAUCU